AUGGAUCCAUCUAAAAAUUAUCUUUCCAUUUGCCUGCUUAUUUUUCUUGCCUGGACUUCUGCUGGUGUGGACGGUUUUGCGCCACUCGGACGUCUCAGACAAAGUAGUGCUCUUGUAGGGAAUAGGCUUUACUUUUUUGGUAGCGCCAUUAUCGUACAAGCAAGAGAAAAUUUUUUUCUCGAUGUAACUCUUUCAACACUAAAUAUUUCAAAUCCUUUAUGGUUCUCAUCAAAUGCUUCUGUCCCGACCAAUUCUGCAUUUGCAAGCGCAUGUGUUGGUGGUCCUAAUAAAAAUACGAUAUAUCUUUUGGAGCAUCUAAACACAAGUAAUGCCGGUACUAAUAACACUAUAGUAUACGCCUUUGAUACAGUAGGCGGGAUAUGGACUACACUCACUACAAGUGGAACGCUCCCUGCAAGUCGACAACAAUUUCAAGCUGUUAAUAACACUAAUGGCAAGAUAUAUAUGUUUGGAGGAAUAAACGGUCUUGGUGUUCCUUUUAAUGACAUUUUUAUACUUGAUACGUUAAGCUCGGUUUGGACACAAGGCUCUUCUGAUAGUGCACCAACGGCACGUUCGGACUUUUCUGCUACACUUUUAAAUAAUGGUCUUAUACUUUAUAUAGGAGGUGGUGACAAUAUUAAUAUGGCCAACAUUCCGACUUAUAAUACCAAUACUGGGGCAUGGUCUACAACGGUUGCUGUUGGUGAUACAAUAGACCCUAGAAGUGGCCACACUUCCGUAUUAUCUCCAAAUGGGCAUGUUAUAAUUUACGGCGGAGCUAAAAAUAACAGUGCUUUAGAUCAAAACCAACAAUUAGCUUCGUUAGAUACAACCAAUUCACAAUUAUAUCUUCUUGAUACUCGAAAUUACAUGUGGGUCACGGACACGUUGCAACAACCUAAUUCCACUACUUCACCUAAUCCCUCAGUUACUCAAAUUCAAACUAUCAUUGCCUCAGACUCUAAUACAUUAAGUACAGGUGUAAUCGUGGCAAUUCCUAUAGUUUCAAUUGCCAUUCUUGCAAUAAUAGGUUUCACGGGAUUUUGGCUUUAUAAAAGGAAUAAGCAAAAUGAUAUCAUUCGUAUAGCAGGUUCUAAAGGAGGGCAUUAG